AUGUAGUAAAAAAACAACAAUUUGUUGGGUGAUUCAUCUCUAAAUACAACUGAUUAGAAAGUAAAUGGGCAAUUUCUUCAUUCAUUCAAAAGGGAUGAUUAAUUAAAAAAAUCAGAUUACAUCUUGAAAAAAUCCAGUCUAUGCGAAUUUGAUGAGUUAGAAAGUUUAAUUUGUAAUGAUAGUGUUAAAAUAAGAAUUUUGAUAGGAUAGGCUGGAUGUGGUAAAAGUAGCAUAGUAAAGAAAAUAACUAAUUUAGCUGAAGUCUAAGUGAGCGAUGGGAAAGAUUCAUGCACAUAAAAUUGCAAUAUUUACAUAAAAGAUAAAAUUAAAUACAUUGACACUCCUGGCCUUAACGAUACUAAAAGGAGUAGAGAAGAAGUUUUACUUGAGAUUGUUAAAUACCUGUUUUCUUAAUAAAUCAAAAUAUGUUAACUAUUUUUCAUUUAUGUAUCAAAUAAAAAGCUUUAGACUUAGCAAAAUGAUAUCAACGAGUUAGUCUACACUUACUUCUUAUAUGAGUUAUUUAAUAAUGAUAUUAAUCCAACCACUCUUAAGAGUCUUAUUACUGAAUUCUUGAAUAGCAAUAACUUUUUAAAGUGGUUUUAGUGCAAAUAUCAUACAGUUAAAGAUAAUUAUAGUUGCAAAAGAAUUGAAAUUUACAAAAAAAAAGAUAAAGUAUUGAAUUAUAUUCAAUAUGCAAACAGCCAUCAUAUUUUCGUUUCCACUCAUUUUGAUAAAUUAUAAAAAGAAACAUUUGAUAAACGCGAUGAAUACAUGCUAAAUUCUCUGAGAUAGUAAAUUUGGUCAAACAUUACAGAUUCUGAACUGACUAAACUCAAAUCAUAUAAAGAUGACAUUGAGCAACAAGAAAAUAGUUUAAAUGAAAAAAUUCUUAGAAUUGUAGAACUUGCAUAACGCUAUUAUUAAGUUGAUAAUAUAUAAGAUGUACAAAAUAUUAUUAUCAUAGGUGAGUCUUAAGUGGGGAAAUCUUCUUUGAUUGAGUAACUAACUGAAUAUAAAGGACUUGUAGGGGAUUCUACAAAUUCCAAAUCUAGAUUUUGCGAAAUAUUCCCAGUUAUAUAUAACAAUGUGAGAUACAACUUUAUUGAUACUCCAGGAUAUGGAGGUACUGAGAGCAGAAGCAGCUACUUUGAUAAUUUUAAAUUGAUAGCUGAUUUUCUUAGAAGGAAUAAAAUAUUAGAAUUUAAAAUUCUAUUUGUUAGAAAUGCUGAUAUAGAUUGUAGAGAAAAUUCUGGUUAAAUUAUAAAACAAUUUGUUCUUUUCAUUUAAGAGCUAUUUGACUAGGAAAUUACUUUAGUAGACUCAGAUAAGCUAGGCGAAAUCCUUGAAAAUGGCUUUGAGAAUGAAAAAAGCCAAAAAAAUAUUAGACAUAUCAAGGAUAAAAUUAUUUAAGUUGAGAGAUUGAGUAAUAAUGAUCGCAUAGGUGAAAUAUAUUUCAAUACAUUUGAAAUAAAGAGUGUUUAAUUUAAGUGUAACUAUAGGCUUUUUGGAUAACUCCAUACAAUAAAUGGAUAUGAAGAUAAGCUGUAAAUAGAGACAUUAUUCAAGGCUAUCAAUUCUAUUGAGAGCUUUUCUUUUGAAGACAAAAUAUUAUUGAAAAUUACAAAAUUUUAGGAUUUUUAAGUAAUUACAGAUCCAAAUGAAUAUAAGAAAUAAUACCAAAGGAUAUUUCUUUUAUAUUGUGAGCUCAACAAAAUAACUACAUAAAUGAACGAAUGUUAAAUCCCAUCAUAAGAGCAAGAGCUAAUACACUAAAAGAUAAAAAUUUAAAAGGAAUUAGAUACCUUAAACUUUGGAUUGCUUACUAAUUUUAAUAAAAUGGAUGAAGUUAAAAUUGUUUUUUAACAAGUUUUUAGUUAAAACUCUAUUAUAUAAGAUUAAGAUUAAAAUAUGUUAAAAAACAACAUUCAAAGACACUUUUUAAUAUUGUAUUAAUGGAAUUCUUACUCAUUCCAACAGGAACCCUCAAAUGAAAAUAUUUUACUCUCAAGAAAACAGCUUCACUUUUGGAAUUUAGUUUAUCAUCUUUAACCAGUUAUUGAUAUCUAAUAACACAGGUAGACUUUGGAAGAUCUAGCCAAAUUAAAAGUGAUCAAAGAGAUUACUGCUUAUUAGACUAUUUAAAAUGGGAUAAUUGAUGCUUUUCAAUACGAAGACUAAGAAAAUUUAAAUUUGACCAUUUAGUAAUUUUUUGAAGCCAUGGAUAAAAUUAUUGGAGUUGGGGGAGAAGGGUUUAGAAAUAUGACAUACUUCAGUUAUAACUCUAAGUUAUUAAUAACUUCCUUCAAAGCUAUAAAAGAGGUCAAUAAAAUUUUACUUGCUUUAAAUGUAGUUGCAUCACUUGCCAGUAUUGGAUUUGACUUUUCUUCUUAUUAAAAGAAAUACAUUUGCUCUUAAUAGAUGAAGAUAAAUACAGCCUCUAAUGUUUUAAGUGGAUUUCUUGGUAUUGCUGCUUUUUUAAUCCCUGGAGUAGGAUGGAUUAUUGGUGGAAUAGCAGCAGCAAUAGGGUUAAUAGGAAAUUUGUUUUCUAAAUUGUCCUUUACAAGCAAAAAAUAGUUUGAUAAAACUAUUGGAUUAUUCUUUAAAGAUUUUCUAAACGAAAAGAAUAUUAGAUUAUUGUAUUUUUAAAAGGCCGAUUUUUUAAAGAAGAAAUAUUGCAUUGAAUUAUUUUCUCAACCGUAGCACAGCGAUGCUUAUAAAUGUUAUAGAGAGCUCGAAAAUGAUAAUUUUAUAAGCAACAAACAGAUUUUAUCAUAUAUUCACAAAGGGGCAUAAUCUGAAAAAUAACUAAAGGAUAAAAUAUCUUAAUAUAUAUUUAAAGAAUAAAUAAUAAAUAAAUUGUUCUUUUAAUUUGAUUAGGUUAAAUCAGAUUAAGUUAAAACUUAAAUUUCAGAAAUUGAGCAAUGUAUUCUUUUUAAUGAUUAAAUUAUUCUAACCUUUUUUAAUCGCUUCAAAGUAGAGGAUUAAAAAAUAUAUGAGAAAAUAUAUUCUAAAAUCUACAAAAAAGAAGUUAAAAAAAUUUUGAAAUAAAAAAACCCUACGGAUGAGUAAUUAGAUCACUUCAAUAAAUGCAUGAAACAGUACUCUGAUGAUCUUAACAAUUUUGUAGAAUAAAUUAAAUAAAUUAAUAAAAGUUAUGAGGAAUAUAUUAAUUUUGCUAAUGGACUAUUAAGAAAAGGUAACAAUUUUGAAAUUCUAUUCAAUAGCUAUUGUAAUUUAGCUGUAGAAAAGCAAAAAUAUUUAUGUUAACAAAACUUAAUUACAGAAAUUGAGUUAUCUCAACCAGAUUAAAAUUCCCUUGUAAUUAAAAAAGAAUUUCAAAAUAAAAAUUUUUUUAAACUAGACCAACCAAUCUCAAUCUAAGUUAUAUUAAAUUAAAUUUCCUUGUUGUGUAAUUGCGAAACUUUCAUAUCUUCAAGGUAUUUGUAAAAGUUCAAAGGCAGAGAAGAGCUUAAUCUAAGUUUCUGUUCUUAAGAAAAUAAUAUGGAAAAUAAUUUAGAAAAAUCUGUAGAUUUAUUAUCAUUUUUAAAAGAAAAAACAUCUGAAGAAGAAUUUAUGAAAUGUGUUUCCAAUUCAUUUUAGUAAAUAGAUACAGCUACUAACACAAGAAUAUCAUCCUUCUAUAGAGCCUAUUAUUCUAUAUAAACAAUAUUCAAUUAAAUAAAUUAGAAAGAAUGA